CUGCACUAUGAGACAGUGAUGAACAGGAGAGCUUGUCUGCAAAUGGCAGUCAUGGCCUGGAGCACGGCUCUUCUGAACUCUGCCCUGCACACGGGGAACACCUUUAGGCUGCCCUUCUGCCACUCCAACAUCAUCAACCAGUUCUUCUGUGAAAUCCCCCAGCUCCUUAGGAUCUCUGCCUCGGAGGUGUUUACUAGUGAAAUUCAGAUUCUUAUCUUUGGUGCAUGUUUAUGUCUUGUUUGCAUUGCGUUUAUAUUUGUGUCUUAUAUUCAGAUAUUCACUACUGUACUGAGACUCCCCUCUGAGCAGGGCCGGCACAAAGCAGUUUCCACCUGCCUUCCCCACCUCAUUGUUGUCACCUUGAUGGCUAGCACUGGUGUGAUUGCUUAUAUGAAGCCCACAUCUGGGUCCCCAUCAGCUCUGGACCUCAUGCUGUCUGUUCUCUAUUCUGUGAUCCCACCGAUGAUGAAUCCAGUCAUCUACAUUGUCGACAACGGUAUUGAAAAUAAACUGGUUCUGGACCCAAACCCUGUAGCCACUCCACUUGAUACUGGCUGCAAGAUAAACAUGGAGGAAGGGGUGGGGGGAAACCUGGUUCUUAUCUAUCUAACCAUGAGUUGA